UAACAAAUGCACUUUCCUUCAACUUCACACAACCAAAUUUCCGCAAUGAAGUGGAUCGGAUCUCGCCUUCUUCAAUCACUCCUUUACUGUUUCCGGCAGAAAUUCCGAGGCUUCAAACUGCACUUGGAUUAUGCGUUUUUGUUUCUGCAGCUGUACUCUUGGGGUGCACACUUGAUUGUUUAAAGCUUGUACCUUUCACCACCUCCAUCUAUGUUUGGAGGUCUUGAGUAUAUCCCUAACAAGAGUCCUCACCUGCGCAAAUCUGGUAGCCGGCCUGUUGUGUUUGAUAUUGACUCAAGUGAGCUGGGAAACAGCUCUGACGAAGAAUUUUUACUUUCUAAAGAGUCAAAUGAAAUGAAAGGUGGGUCAACAGCAUUAAGCAGUGUGGCGAUUGUGCCUUCUCCUCUUCUGCUGUGGAGAUUUAAGGCACUAUUGUUUUUCAUCUGGGGUUUCUGUUGUUUCAAGAUUGAAUGGGAUUCAGUAAUGAGAAUGAGUGCAGACCUGCGAGAUUUAUUUUUAUAUGAGGCUUUCUUGUAUUAUAAUCCUCUCCUUCUCGUGACUAUGAUGGUUUGGCUUUGGGGAAUCAAUUUAUGGGUUUUUGCCCAGUCUAAUAUUGGAUAUGUGAAAAUUUUUGACCUAGAUCAGAGCCAUCUAACUCACAGAGAGAUAUGGAAGUGCGCUACAUGGAUGACAAUCAUUGUCCCAACUAGCAUGACAGCAUACCUGUAUCUGUAUUCUCACGGAGAAGUUUUGUUAGCGGCAUCUCAACCAGUGCUUUUGUAUGCUGCUAUCUUAACGACUCUCAUAUUUCCCUUUGAUAUCUUCUGUCUUUCAUCUCGAUUCUUUUUCCUGAGGACAGUUUGGCGAAUACUGUUUCCAUUACAGGCAAUAACAUUUGCUGAUUUCUUUUUGGCUGACAUAUUUACCUCUAUGUCAAAGGUUUUCUCUGAUCUGGAGCGUUCAGUUUGUAGAAUGGUCCAUCGGCAGGUUGCUACUAUUGCAUGGCUUGAGGCAGACUCUGUUUGUGGGAGUCACUCUGUCACAAUUCCAAUAGCUCUUGUUUUGCCUUAUAUUUUUCGUCUCUUCCAAUGUCUUCGGCAGUACAAGGACACAAGAGAAAAGACAUCACUUCUAAAUGCUUUAAAAUAUUCAACAGCAGUACCAGUUAUUUUUCUUUCAGCCCUCAAAUAUCAUGUUUCCCCUGAAAAAUGGACGAAUAUUUAUCGCUCUCUGUGGCUAUCAUCGAGUGUAUUGAACUCUUUGUACUCAUUCUACUGGGACAUUACGCGGGAUUGGGACUUGAGCUGUUUCACACGGGUUUUCAAGUUCAGCAAAUCACACCCAGUAUCGGACGUAUUACACGGGCAGAAGUGGGUGACGAUUUGGGUGAUUGGGAGCAAUCUUGUACUACGAUGCACGUGGACGUACAAGUUGUCGGCCCAUCUGCGCCACAACCACCUCACCGUGUUUGCAAUAUCAAUCCUCGAGAUGCUGCGCCGUUUCCAGUGGAUCUUCUUUCGCGUCGAGAAGGAGUCCAAUAAAAUGAACAACUCCAAAUCAAAUACUGCCUUGUCCAUGACCAUGAGUGAUCUGCCUAUUGAGGAACACAAUUUGCUUGGUUCCGACGCUCGCAAUGUAUAGAUUGAGUUCCGCUUCUAUCAUCAUCAGGCAAAUUCUUACCAACUAUACAAUUUUUUUUAGUGAAAAAGAAUUAACCCUUUUUAAAUA